AUGACUCCCCCCGUCGCCACUUCGACUUACCUUGCAGACUCUCCUGUCUUGGCCAAAAAAUCCCUCGGGACGGAUGGCCAAGUACAAUACGAGACCAAGGAAGACUACAAUGGCGAGUAUAAGUUUGCUCCUAUCAAGGAGGCGCAGGUUUCGCGUGCUAUGACGAAGAGGUACUUUGAGGACAUGUAUGACCGCGCCGUCUCGGAUGUCGUUAUUGUCGGAGCUGGGUCCGCAGGACUCUCUUGCGCAUAUCAUCUUGCCAAAAAUGCGCCCCACCUUAAGAUUACUAUAAUCGAGGCUGGUGUAGCUCCUGGUGGGGGUGCCUGGCUAGGUGGACAGCUUAUGACCGCGAUGGUGGUACGAAAGCCCGCAGACAGGUUCCUCGCCGAGCUGGGUGUGCCAUUUGAGGAUGAGGGGCCGUACGUAGUCGUUCGUCAUGCCGCCAUGUUCACCUCCACAGUACUAUCCAAGGUUCUAGCCUUCCCCAAUGUCCGCAUGUUCAAUGCUACGGCUGUCGAAGACCUGAUAGUCAAACCCGGGGGGCGCGUUGCUGGAGUAGUGACCAACUACACCCUCGUAGCCCUAAAUCAUCACACUCAGUCGUGCAUGGACCCUCAGGUAAUAACAGCACCGGUUGUUAUCAGUGCGACUGGUCACGACGGCCCGAUGGGUGCCUUUUGUGCAAAACGACUUGUCAGCACAGGGCUAGUCAAGGAGCUCGGAGACAUGCGGUAA